ACUACCACAUACUCUUCCAUACAGAUAACUAGCUCCAAAUAUUAUUUGUACACUUCUUCAUCCCUGCCCAACACACCACCCUUGUUUCGUUCAAUUAUUAUUUGCUUUUUAGUCAUAUUAUUAAUAAGGGAAAUUACACAUGAUAGCAUUCAGUUUUUAUGAAAUGUCAAUGGUUGUACUUUUUUAAGAAAAUUCCACAUGAUAGCAUUCAAUUUAUGUACAAACUACUUGCCGUAGCAUUUUCCGUUAAAUUCUUGGUAAAUUCCGUUUAAUUCAUUAUUUUGUAAGUUUUUUCCACAUGGUAGCAUCCAAUUUUUGUUUAAUUCACAAUUUUAACUUUAAAUUCACCAAUUUAAUGUUUAAAUAAUGCCAACAAUUUGAAAGAAAACAAAAUUAUUACAACAUUGAUGGACGUUAAUGAAUAAAACGGUGAAUUAAACAUUAAAUUGGUGAUUUAAAGUUAAAAUUGUAAAUUAAAUAAAAACUGGAUGCCAUGUGGAAAAAACUUAUAAAAUGAUGAAUUAAACGAAAUUUAACAAGAACUUAACGAAAAAUACCACGGCAAUUAAUUUGUGCAUAAACUGAAAGCUAACGUGUGAAAUUUCCCUAUUAAUAAUCAUCAAUUCAGGUCAGAGUCUCGUACCCGUAUUACUCCAAUGGAGAUAGUGUUCAUUCCAAGCCCAGGAAUGGGUCAUCUUAUCUCAACUGUAAACAUGGCUAAACUCAUCCUUCAAGGCGAUCAUCGCUUUUCCAUCUUCAUCAUCAUAAUCAACUCCCCUAUGUCAUUUUCGACCGUCAAUUCCUUCAUUGAUUCCCAAAAACGUGAUAAUCAAUACCCAACUCGUCUCAUCUUCCACACUUUGCCCCCUCUUUUAAAUCCUCCUGAACCGUCUUCUCCAACCUUCUUUCAGACCUUCCGAGACCUCCAAAAGCCCCUCGUUAAGCAGGCUAUCGAGGAAAGGAUUCAAGAAGGUUCACCCAAGCUUUCUGGGUUCAUCCUCGAUAUGUUUUGUACAGACAUGAUUGACAUUGCAGAUCAAUUUCAAGUCCCCUCGUAUGUGUUCUUCACAUCCGGAGCUAACCUUUUGAAUGUCCUGUUUCAUUUUCAAUCAUUAGCUGAUGAUGAAGGGGUUGAUCUUUCAGCUGAGUUUGAUGACCCGAAUACCGAGUUUGCCAUUUCCGGGUUUGUGAACCCGCUCAAAGAGAAGUACUUGCCUGCUGUAUUGGUCGAUAAAGAACUUGGGUCCGCUAUGUUGAUCAAACACGCAAAAGGUUUGAGAAAAUCUAAGGGUAUUUUGAUUAAUACAUUUGUAGAGCUAGAAACAAUUGGUACAGAUGCUUUGUUUGAUCUUGUAGCUAAGGGUAGUAUCCCUCCUGUUUAUCCAGUGGGUCCCAUUUUAGAGCUCGGGAAAAACAGUACAAGUGGGUCCCACCAAGAUUAUAUGUCAAUAAUGAAGUGGCUUGAUGAUCAGCCCUGUUCUUCAGUGGUGUUCCUCUGUUUUGGAAGUAUGGGAAGCUUUGAUGCCGAUCAAGUAAAAGAGAUAGCUAAUGGUUUAGAGAAAUCCGGGUAUCGAUUUUUAUGGUCUCUUCGGAAACCACCUCCGGAGGGUAAAUUUGCAAAGCCAAGUGAGGACGGUACGUUUGAAGAUGCCUUACCUGAAGGCUUUAUGGACCGUACGGCUGAAAGAGGAAAAAUUAUAGGGUGGGCCCCACAAGUGUCGAUAUUAGAGCAUUUUGCUAUUGGCGGGUUUGUGUCGCAUUGUGGAUGGAAUUCGACGUUAGAAAGUAUGUGGUUUGGUGUUCCUAUGGCAACGUGGCCACUUUACGCUGAGCAACAAUUGAAUGCAUUUUCGCUUGUUAAGGAGCUUGGCUUAGCAGUCGAGAUUAGGAUGGAUUAUCGACGUGAUUUUAGAUCAAAUAAAGCCAAUUUUCAGGUGACUGCUGAGGAGAUUGAGUAUGGUGUUAGAAAAUUAAUGUGUAUGGAUGAUGGAGCUAGGAAUAGAGCGAGUGAAAUUCGAAGAAAGAGUAGAAAAGCUUUAGAAGAUGGUGGAUCUUCUCACAAAAGUUUACGGAGAUUUAUUGAGCAUGUUUUGAGUAAUGUUGGCUAGAGACUAAAAUAUGACUAUCAUUAAGUGGACGGCAUUUUUGUUUUAGUGCUCCUCUAAUAAUAAAUAUAUAUGAUGCUAUUGCUGUGCUUGCUUGUUUUACUAAUAUGAUUAAUGUUAAUUUUAA